AUGGCUUCCCUUCUCAAGGAACUGGGUACAAAGUACCUCAACCUCAACUUUGACGACGCCCGCCACAUCUUCCACAACACCGAGCACUGGGCCAUCGCCCCAAAGCCCGAGGGAAUCCUCUACCCCGAGUACUUUGAUGUUCUCGUCAAUUGGCGCACCCCCGUCACCGUCGCCGCCCUUUAUGUCCUUAUGGUCCUCCUCCUCAACCCCAAACAGGGCAAAGUCUCCCGUGUCGUCGCUGCCGACAGCGCCGCCAAGGGUGACAAGAAGAAGCAGCAGGAGCUUUCUUCGUCAAGCUCGGCUAUGACCGCCCUUGUCUUUGUCCAUAACGCUAUUCUCUGUGUCUACUCCGCCUGGACCUUUUAUGGCAUGUUCUUUGCCUGGAAGAAGGCUUUCGCUACUCACACCUUCAUGGAAGCCGUCUGCGAUUCUGACAACACAUUCUGGGACAGCCUCGGCUACUACUCGUACUACUUUUACCUCUCCAAGUAUUACGAGAUCAUUGAUACCAUCAUCAUCUUGUUGAAGGGUCGUCGCUCUUCCCUUCUCCAGACCUACCACCAUGCCGGAGCCAUCUUCACCAUGUACAUGGGUUUUAACUACCGCGCCCACCCCAUCUGGAUCUUCACGACCUUCAACUCGUUCAUCCACACCAUGAUGUACGCUUACUACGCCGCCACUUCCGUCGGUUUGAAGCCUCCCGGCAAGAAGUACCUCACCUCCAUGCAGAUCACCCAGUUCUGGACCGGAACUGCUCUGGCCUUCUGGUACGAGGUUGGCUCCCCCAAGGGUUGCUUCGCCAACCCCGGAUCGCGUUUCGCCAUCUGGACCGUCUUGUCCUAUGUCUUCCCCUUGAUCUACCUCUUUACGUCUUUUGCCAGUAAGAUGUACGGAAACCGUAUCAAGGCUGCUGCUGCCGCCAAGGCCGCUUCCCAGCAGAAGAAGGAGUUGUAA